AUGCAUUUACCUAAGAUUUAUAACACCUAUUUCGUGGCUAUUAUUGCCACGGUAGGUGGCAUGCUCUUCGGUUUCGACAUAUCAUCUAUGAGUGCCAUUGUUGGCACGAAGCAGUAUCUUGACUACUUUGACAAUCCCCAUGGGAUCAUUCAAGGCGCCAUUGGAUCAGCCCUUGCUGCGGGCUCCGUGGUUGGCUCUUUGAUGGCAGGUCCUAUAUCCGACAAAUGGGGACGCCGUGACUCCAUCUUCUUUGCCUGUCUUUGGUGGCUUAUUGGCACCGCAGUUCAAGUUGCCUGCAAGGACUUUGGGCAGCUCAUUGCGGGCCGUAUCCUGAAUGGCGUCUGCGUUGGAAUUACUUCUUCCCAGGUCCCGGUCUACCUCGCCGAGAUUGCCAAAAAGGACAAGCGUGGAAGUAUUAUCGUUAUUCAACAACUUGCUAUUGAAUGGGGUAUCUUCAUCAUGUUCUUCACCGGUUAUGGCUGUUCCUUCAUUGCAGGAACUGCAUCUUUCCGCACCGCUUGGGGGGUUCAGUUCGUCCCUGCGGUGAUUCUCAUGAUUGGAUUGCCAUUCUUGCCUCGCUCGCCGCGCUGGCUUGCAAAAGUUGGAAGGGAGGAAGAGGCUAUCCAGACCCUGGCCAACAUCCAAGCUAACGGAAAUCGCGAUGAUCCUCUGGUCAUUGCGGAGUGGGAGGAAAUCUACACCGUAUUAACGGCAGAGCGAGAAGCUCCUCACAGUUGGAGAAAAUUCGUCUACAAGGGCAUGUGGCGCCGUACAUUGGCUGGAAUGAGUGUUCAGGCUUGGCAACAGAUGUCUGGGGCGAACGUAAUGACCUACUAUGUCGUUUACGUCUUCCAAAUGGCUGGUCUAAACGGCAAUAUCAACCUCAUCAGCUCCGGCGUUCAGUAUGCGCUAUUCAUUAUCUUCACUACCGUUGUCUUUUUCUUCAUCGACAAAACUGGCCGGCGACCCCUCCUCAUUUACGGCGCGAUAGGAAUGGGAAUUUGCCAAUUCGUCGUCGGGGGGCUCAUGGGGUCAUACGGCGUUCUUGUCCCCGGCGGUGUUGGUGACCCUCCUAACAAAAAUGUCGUCAUUCAAGUUCAUGGUGCACCAGCACAUACCAUCAUCGCAUUCUGCUAUCUUUUGAUCAUCGUUUACGCUUUAACUCUUGCACCUGUGGCUUGGGUUUACGCAGCUGAAGUCUGGUCUCUCGAGACUCGCGCAACUGGAAUGUCUCUUGCCGCAGUUGCAAACUGGCUCUUCAAUUUCGCCCUCGGCCUGUUUGUUCCUCCAGCUUUCCGUAACAUCACCUACAAGACCUUUAUCAUCUUUGGUAUUCUUUGCUUCGCUGCGGCCGUCCAGGCAUACUUCACAUACCCUGAAACAUGUGGCAAGACAUUGGAGGAAAUCGAGAUCCUGUUUAGCGACGAUGGACCGAGACCUUGGAAGACUAAGCCUGGUGGAUCGAGGUUGGAUGCCGAAAUCCAAGCUGUGAUUGACAGGAAGACUAAAGGAGAGGCCGUUUUUGUGCGUGCCGCCAAUUCGGGCAAGGAUGCAACGGUGGAUUCCGAGAAGGCAACUCAUGAGGUGACUCCUUGCGUAGAAUCAGCGACUGUGCCAGCGGAGAAAGAGUAA